GCGCAACCGGGCACCGGUAAUGGCAACACCUUAGCGGGCACGCUUGGAUAAAUCAGAAAAAGGCGUGUGUGAUUUAUUUUAUCAAAUAAUGCUAAGGGAACGGUGAAGUCUGAGAUUUAGAUGAAAAAAUAACAUAUAAAAUAAAAAUGACAGGAACAACUAGUGAAAUGGGUAUUAGUGAAUUUUAUGCCGGUCAGACAUUAUUAAUAACGGGAUGUACCGGGUUUAUGGGUAAAGUUCUGUUAGAAAAACUCUUACGAUCAUGUCCAGAAAUAGAGAGAAUAUACGUACUUAUCCGAUCUAAACGAGGUCAAUCAGCAACAGAAAGAUUAGAAACUUUAUUAAAAUCAAAGUUAUUCGAUAAAGUACGAAAUGAGACUAUUAACAUACAGAGUAAAAUCGUGCCUGUAUGUGGAGAUAUCGUAGAAGAGAAAUUGGGUUUAUCCGAUGAAGAUAUUCAGACAUUAUCACAACAGGUUUCAGUGGUGUUUCAUUCGGCAGCUACAGUCAAAUUUGACGAAGAACUUAGAUUAUCCCUUCAAAUGAAUGUUAUAGGUGUAAAAAGUUUAAUAGAAUUAUGUCAUAAAUUUAAGAAAUUAAAAGCUUUAAUCCAUGUAUCAACUGCUUACGCAAACUGUGAUAAAAAUGUUAUAGAAGAAAAAGUUUACGAUCCACCAUUAAACCCAAACAGACUUAUUGAUGCUGCAGAAUGGAUGGAUAAUGAUGCCAUGAAUUCAUUGACAGCUAAACUUCUCGGAAACAGACCUAACACCUAUACAUAUACAAAAGCCAUGGCUGAAUAUCUCAUCUUACAGGAAUGUGGCGAUUUACCUGUAGCUAUUGUUAGACCUUCUAUAGUUGGUUCUUCUUGGAAGGAACCGUUCCCUGGUUGGGUUGAUAAUUACAAUGGUCCAACAGGAUUACUGGUAGCUAUUGGUAAAGGUGUAUUGCGGUGCAUGAUGGGUAAUUUCAAUGGUACUGCCGAUAUUUUACCUGUAGAUAUAGCAACUAAUUUAAUGAUAACAGUUGGCUGGCAUACAGCAGUAAAUAAACCAGAAAAAUUAAUGGUAUAUAACAAUACAACCGGACAACUGAACAAAUUUACCUGGGGACAGAUGGAACGGUUUUCCUACGAAUAUUUUAUGAAGAAUCCUAUUGAUGAAAUAGCUAGAGUACCUAAUCCAAGAUUCACCAAAUAUUUACUAUGGAAAGAUCUGAAUGUGAUAUUCGAUCACCUGCUUCCAGCUUAUGUCAUGGACUUUUAUCUUUGGAUAGUAGGACGUAAGCCAAUUUUUGUGAAAAUUCAGGAUAAAUUAUGGAAGGCCGUGAAGAGUUUAGAAUUUUUUACGUCACAUGAAUGGAAGUUUGCUAAUGAUAAUAUCAACAUGUUAGCGGAACAUAUGACUGCUAAAGAUAGAGAGAUAUUUGAUUUUGAUGUGAGAAAGAUUAGAUGGGGACAGUAUAUGGAGAAUUAUUGUCUGGGAACAAAACAGUUUGUUCUUAAAGAGAAUCCACAACAUCUUCCUAAAGCUAGAAGAGCUCUUCAAAAAUUACAGAGAAUGCAUUUCUUGAUGAAUGCUGUUGUUUUUAUGGUGGUAUGGAGGUUAUUAAUCAAUCGAGUAUCCGUCGCUAAAUCUCUGUGGAAUCUUCUCAUAGGAUGGGCGCUUUUCAUCUUUCAAAAAAUACCCAAACUAGCAAGAUCAACAUAGGUUGUGUUCUCCAUAUUUUAAUAGUAGGUUGUAACAAGAUGCCUUGAAUUAGUCAGUAUUCACAAAACACUAAACUUCGGAACAAGAUUAGACAUUACUUUUAAGGUUUUGUCUUUGUCAGGAUUUCCAAAAUUCUGUUAAUUUUCAAACCACAUAAAAGCUAUAUUUUUUAUUAAUAUUUUAUAUUUAAUUAUUCUGAAAUUAAGCUUGAUGCUUUAUUGAAAAUUUUUAAUUAUUUAUUCACAUGACGGGACCUUUUAAAACUGACCUAUUCGUGUACGUGACACUUUGUUAUUGACAUGACGUCGUGACAUGUGACAUUUUGAAACUUAUUAUUGAUGUUACAACUAACAUUUUGAAACUUUUCAUUAUUCAGAAUAUUUGUUAUCAUCCAAGUUCAUCGUUUUAUUUACAUAAGUAUUUAUAUAAGUAUUUGUUAAAUAAUGAGCUGUUAGAACAAAUCUAAUCAUAGGUCAAAUCUUAGCUUAAAACAAUCUGAUUAAAAUUCAGGGCCCCGAUUCACAAAAUUUUAACUAAAGAUAAAAUACAAAUUUUAGUAGAUACCUCAAUUUUGAUUGGCUAAGCACUUAAAUCAAUCUAAUAUUAUCCAAUCAAAUUACUAAAAUUUGGAUUUUAGUUAAGUUUUCGUGAAUAAAAGCAGUGAUUUAUAUUUCGUUUCGUUUUUUUUUUACUUUCGAUGGCCUACACUACAUGAAGAUCUGACCAGUUGUAGUGGGAGGUUGCGUCAGAGGUCAUACGAGCGACUUUUGACCCUAUGACUUCAGACAUUUGAUUAACCAAUCAGCAUUGAUGUUACUAAUGGAUUACCCACAGUUCUGUGCAAAACACGCCUAAAGGUCGCCGUAACAGACCAUUUCAUUAGCUAUUCCCUCACAUCAUUCAGAACACGUCAAUGAUAACAACUCUUCCAGAUCCUAGUGUAGACAAGUAAAACGAAAUUUUGAACUAUAAAAACGAAACAAAAUAGAAUCUGUGUUUUAACCAGAUUGAGCUUAAAACAUUCAUUUAAUUCAUUUAAGUACAAAUAUAGGGCUGUUCUGUAUUUUAUUAAAGAUGCAUUAUGUAAGAGCUAAAUCUGCCGAUUGCAGGGUUUUAUUUUGACUUCAAAUGAUAUAUGAAUUAUUUUUUAAGCAUUUAUUCAUGUGACAAGCCUAUGAUCAACAGAUUUAUACAGAUUAAAAUAUGAUCGCUAUUUAAUGAUUUAAUUCAAAAAUGGCGAAGCAAGAUUGAGUCUAGAUUAACUAUGCUGCAAUGAUAAACAAUCUAAUUUUAAAUUUAAAACUUCAAACAGUGAUAACAUCGCUCAAAUAAAGUAAUUUUGAAUUAUCUAUUUUGGAACUAUCAUAUCAAGAUCGGCCAGCUCUUUAUCUAAAUCUUACAUAAUGCAUCUUUAAGGCUUCCUGUAGUUCUUGUUUCGUAUUCAGGCCUGGAAAGAAUAAAUUGAGUUUUACCUGACAAAAUAUCGAGUUGCAGACAUUUUGAGCUUAGUGCUGGCCAUAUAUUUAAAAUAUCAAUAAACUCCAUCUUUCCAGGCUUGAUUAUAUUGUAGACAUGUGUUGAUUAAUCAUACUUGAGUGCCAAUUACAUAAUAAUAUAAAGAAAUAUAUGAUUAUUGAAUAACAUUGUAAUAUGUUUUUAUUGUAUAUUCUAAUUCUUUUAUUGUAUAUUUACUAAUUUACUAAUAUAUAUAGAGACUAGUUUUAUAAUAACGUGUAUUAGUGGUUAUACACUAGAUAUACACUGUGUAUUACUGAUUAUUGACUAGUAUUAUACACUGUUAAUAACCCUGUAUUAUAGACUUGUAUAUACACUUUUAUUAGCCGUGUAUUACUGGUUAUUGACUAGUAUUAUACACUGUGUAUUACUGAUUAUUGACUAGUAUUAUACACUGUUAAUAACCGUGUAUUACUGUUUUACUAAUAAUAUAUAUUAUAUACUGAAUGUAGACUUGUGGUAUACACUGUUAAUAACUGUGUAUUACUGGUUAUUGUCUAGUAUUAUACACUGUUAAUACUGAAUAUAGACUUGUGGUAUACACUGUUAUUAGCGAUGUAUUACUGAUUAUAGACUAGUGUUAUACAGUUUAAUAACCAUAGAUUGGUAUUAUACACUGUUAAUAACUGUGUUUUACUGAUUUUAUAUGUCCUGCUGGGAAGGCCUAAAUAUGUCCUGCUGGGAAGGCCUAGUUGCCACACAUGUAGUAUUAGUUAAUUACUACUAUACAUAUAAAGGUAUCAUAUAAUGUUAUAAGUUUAGCCGCAGAUUGUCUUUUCCAUUUUUGAGUCAAUAUCUAAUAUUUCAUGACAUGAUUCAUUUAAUAAAAACCUCAAAGAUUUACUUAACAGUGCAUAUCUUUAUUCCUACUGAAGGGAAUUUAAACUAGAUUCAACUGUCUCUCAGAUGAUUGAUUGAUCAGAUUAGUUUUACUGUAUUUACCUGUUUUACAUCCUUCCAAGACUUUAUUUAAAUGUUUGUAUUAUUAUUAUUAUUAUAUACCAGGAACGAAUCCAGGGACGGUGGGGGGGGGGGGUGGCGAAAUAGACAGAAAUGACAUCCACAUUUUCCAAAUUUUCCUUACCUGCGUCUUGUUUUUUUAUGAACCUUCAGCGCUUAUUAAACAUACAUUAUGCAAGAGCUAAAUCUGUCUAUUGCGGGUCUUUCUUUAGGCCUGAAAUGUUAUAUAAACUAUUAAUUAGACAUUAAUUAACGUAUCUAGACCAUAAUCAACUCUCAAUGCAAUCUUACAUGUCGGAUUUUCACUGGAUUUGAAUCCGAUCUGCUGCUCAACGCUCAUUGAUGAUUAAAUCCAAAAAUGGAUAAUUGAGACUAUGUUUUUUAUCGUACUGACUUUAGUAAUGAUCAAGGCUAGGCCUAAAAUUCAGUCGCUAAUAUCUCGGUUCAGGGUGGAGCAAUUUGACUGAAAUUUUCAGCAUAUUGCCUUGACAUUAUCUAGUUUUGAACUAAUAUAGUGAGAACUGCCAGCUCUUUAUCUAAUCUUCCAUAAUGGCCCUUUAAUUGCCACUACAACACUUUAAUAUUUAGAUCUGAAGUUUAUGGACCCCCCCCCCCCCCCCUCCCCCCCCCCCCCCCCGCUGAAAAUCAUGGAUCCGCCCCCUGCAUGUGUUAUGAUAGUUGUAGUUUUUGUACAUUUGUAUGUUUCUAUCAAGUGUUUAAUAUACAGAGAUAUCAUUUACACAUAGUAACGCUUCACCAUAUUUAAAGAUACAUUAUGAAAGAGUUAAAUCUGUCUAUUGCUGGUCUUUCUUUAAGCCUGAAAUGUUAUCUAAAUUAUUAAUUAGACAUUUAUUAACAAAACAAUAUGCUAUUUGAACAUACAUUAUGCAAGUGCUAAAUCUGCCUAUUGCAGGUCCUUCUUUAGGCCUUCCGGUUUCCUCCCAUUGCUAAAGACCCCUACGCGGAAGCGAAUUAUGGAAAUAAAAUUGAACCAUAUGUUAGUCCCGAAAUUACCUAGUUUGUGUUGUGUGGACGUUAAACCCUAUUUUCUGUCUCCUCUUCUUUAGGCCUGAAAUGUUUUCUAAAAUUAUAAACUAUUAAUUGGACAUAAAUACAAAGAAUGUGGGGGCCCUUUGGGACUAAAUCUUAUGAAAUUGUAUAGCCAUUCUUUGCUAAAGAUUUCAAUCUAAAAUGGAUCAAAUAUUUAUGUCGUGAAAAGCCCAAUUAUUUGUAUCGUAACAUUUCUACUUGCGUUGAUUAACAUGAAAAAACUAUAAUCAACUCUCGAUGCUAUCUUAUGUGUCUGAUUUUCAUUGGAUUUGAAUCCGAUCUGCUGUUCAACGUCUGUUGAUGAUUAAACGCAAAAAUGGAUAAUCAAGACUUUGUUAAUUAUCGUGACAGCGGUAACAAUGAUAAUCAAGACUACAAUUUCGCGGCUUAGGGUGAAGCAAUUUGAUUCAACUUUUCAGCACCUUUUUCUAUUUACAUUAUCUAGUUUUUAAAUAUUCUAAUGAUAACUACCAGCUCUUUAUCCAAUCUUCCAUAAUGUAUCUUUAAAUAAGCAAGGCUACAUUCACUGUAACCCAGGUAUUAUUCACCAUUAAUUUCUUUAACAUUCAUCCAAUAUAAAAUCUUUGUUUGAAAAUUCUUAAUCGUUUAAAAUCACAAAAAAAUCAUCUAACUUGUACUUAUAUCCAGUUUAAAUACUCAAGAUUAAAUGAUACCUGUGUUACAGUGAUUAUUUCGUUAUUUAUAAAUCCUUAAUUUGUAAAAUGUUCAACUUUGUUUUUGUGUGUUUUGAAAUGUUUGCUGUGAAAUGUAGUUUUCCAAAGUCACUACUUAUUGUAACCAUGUUUUUUGGGGGUGUCUUUUUGUUCUCCACCAUUUUGUGCAUUGUCAUAGCAGCAGGUAUUUCAAGGAAAGUAAAAUAUUUAUUUAACAGUAGUGUACCUGUAUGUGGUAUUACUCACUAACCUAAAAAUAAAAUGAAAUGGGGGUUUAACACCCUACUGUUCUGAAAUGGGGGGUUUAACGUCCUACUGUUCUGAAAUGGGGGGGGUUUAACGUCCUACUGUUCUGCUCCGAACUGGGCUAAUGAAGAUGGGCAUACGCCAUACAGUGUGCUCUGAGAGACAUUUUGCCUGGACGGUGGCGCUAAGGCCUACUCUUAUAUCGAAUUCCAACUUCCAAGGGAUCUUUUACAUGCACACCAGUGUGUGCAUGGGACCACUGACCAACAGAGUUUUCUCUGGGUCCUCCCGCUGUUAAAUACCCCAUACGUGCAAGCAAAUUAUUGAAAUAAACCAUAUGUUAGUCGCGAAAUGACCUAGCUUGUGUCGAAUGGACGUUAAAUCUCAGUAUCAUGUGAGAUACACAUUGAAAACCUGUAUUUAAAUAAAGAUAUCACUGCCACUGGUAUUUUUAAUGUGAACUACUUGUUUUCCCUAAACAUAACAAAAUGGCCAUUUAUCAUAUUGUUAGGAAAGGGUUCUACAUAGAAGAAUAUAUGUAAAUAAUGAUUAAUAAUGUUGAUUUAUAACAAGUAGGGCCCGUGUGUAAGAUAUGUAAUUCCUGUUCAUGUUUAUUUUGUUAAUAUUAUUGAUUAUUGUUUAAAUCUAAGAUAGAUAUAUUUACAUCAAAAAUCAUUUACUGCUUUUAAUUACUAAGGGUAUGCUCAAUUGUCAAUCUGACAAAAUUACAAUUUGAUUAAAAUACAGAUGUAUAUUU